GGGAGUCAUAUAUGCCCUUCACGUUUUGCUGCUCAAGAGAGCGAAGGGAGGGCGCAUGAGCAAGACAGGGGCGCUGCAUGCUGUUCGAGCGCGGAGCAGAUGGUCAGCUAGAUCGAUCUGGGGACAUCCUUGAGCUAUUUCAGGUUGCAUUUUAAUCACACCUGCUGAGAUCAACCAUGCAAUUGCUAACGGAAUACUGCAUCUAAUGAGCAAUGCUGCAAAGAUCGCUCAGCGGUAGCCCUCAGCGCUUCUAGCGCACGCCCUUGAGGGAUUUCCCUCUGCUCUGGUUCAAGGAUGGCGGCUCUCCCACAGAAUCCUUCGCCUGCGGGGCCUGCGGGGCCUGCGGCAGAGCGGCCACGGGCCCCCGCUGCUCCGAGCAUCAGCGAGGAGUACCGCGUUCUGGUUGACAAGGCAUACCAGAAGUUUGCACGGCUUAAGGACCUGCCCCCCUACGGACGUGAUCGCUUCGAUCACUACUUCCAGAAGGCGUUUGCGCUCUACUCCCGGCUGUGGAAGUUUCAGCAGGAGAACCGCCAGAAGCUGGUCGAGACGGGGCUCAAGAGGUGGGAGAUUGGGGAGAUUGCGAGCCGCAUCAGCCAGCUGUACUAUCAUAAUUACAUCCGGACGGGGCAGUUCCCCUUCCUGUACGACUCGUACGUCUUCUACGAGGCCAUCGCAAGCAGGGAGUACUUCAAAGAAGCUGUCAAAGAUGUGGCGGUGGCCAACAAGCAGCUGCGCUACGGCGUGCGCUUCAUUGUAGUGUGCCUGCUCAUGAACCGCCGCGACACAGUGCGCCGCCUCGUGCGCCAGCUCAGGACACUGGUGGACGACUAUGCGCGCAACUUCCAGGUGCCCAACACGCGCGACUGGAAGGUGGUGGCCAAGGAGGUCGUGCGCUUCGUCGCCGCAGACGCGAUGUUUGACGAUGCGCGCCCAGUGCGGUACAGCCUGCUGUUCGACCCCCACCCGAUGGCCCUCCCCACCGUCGUCGGCCCGUACGGCAAGCCGGGGGGGCCCAAGCUGCUCAAGCUGCGCGAGGCCAUACUCACGAGCUACCACCAUAACGAGGUCAAGUUCAGCGAGCUGACGCUGGACACCUUCCGCAUGCUGCAAGCCGUCGAGUGGGAGCCCAGCGGCCAGUUCCUCAAAUUGCGAAAACCCGCUCAGGGUUCGGACACUGUCGGCGCCAGCGGCAGUGGGGCGGGCCCCCAGGAGGGGGGCCCCGAGCGUCGAGAAAACAACCGGCCCGGGGGGGUGGCGGAGAACGUGAUUGACCCGAGCCUGCCCCCCAAUCCCCACAAGUACCUGCUUUUCCGGCCGACAGUUCCGCAGCUGCUGCUGACUCUCGCCACCGCAGUGGAGGAGCUGCCCCCGGACUCUGCCGUUCUGGUCUACCUAUCAGCGGCAGGCAGCCCGGCUCCCCCGCAGCCCUCCAUGUCUCAGCGCCCCCAGACUCCCCCCCCCAUCCCGGAGGACAGCACCGUAAACGACCACGACCCCCCUGAAACGAGCGCCGAGAGGCCGGGCCAGCAGGCGCCAGCGGCGGGUACCGCCGGCUUAGAAAGCGGCCUCGCACGUGUGGCCCUCGGAACGCCUUCUCCGGGGCAGCCGUCGAACGGGGACAACUCCCGCGGGAGUGUGGAGGUAUCAAGUACUGCUCCCGGCGGCCAGUCAGAGCCCAUACCGUUCGAAGGGUUCUCCGUGCCCCGGCCUAGUUCGGCCGACUCGGGCGUGAGCCCGGGGUCUAGCCCGGGCAGCGUGAGCGGCAGUAUAGCGCCCCAGCGGGGGGAGGGGCUGUGGCUCGGGGCGAAAAAGGAGCUGAGCGCGGGGCCCGGGCUGGGGCUGGGCCGGGAGGGGAGUGCGCGCAAGGGGGAGAUUGCGCGGGAGAGCAGAGGGGGGAGUGGCAAGAGCGCGGGUGACGGUUUCUUCUACCCAUCGGAUCUACUGCCCUUCACGCGCCGGCCGCUCUUCCUCAUCGUUGACAGCGACACCAGCGCCGCCUUCCAGUCGUUGAGCGGGGAGGAGGUGCUGGAGCCGGCCGUGAUGUUGCUCUCCCCCCGCUGCCCACCCCCCUCGGAAGCCGACCCGCGCCGAGGAUCUUCCGGCGGCCCCGCCUCCACGUCCCAGGGGGGUAACGCGGGCAGCCUGUUUACGCUCUUCCUGACGGCCCCCCUGCUGGCCUUCUGCCGCCUUCACGGGGUCCCCUUGCCGUUGAGCCCGGCGGUGCAGGACGCGAUGGAGGCCGCAUUGGGCGCCGGGCUGGUGCGGUGGGGGGAGGCCCUCACGAGCUGCCCGUCGUUGGACCCCAGUUGGCAGCGGCUACUGGGGGAUCCCUUCCUGCGCAAGUUCACGCUCAGGUUUAUUUUCUGCCGAGCAAGCUUGGAGUCCCACAUCACGUUGGGGACGAAGCCAGAGCAUCAACCAAAGUGCGUACCUCCCCUGCCGGAUCAGGUCUCGUCAGAGAAACCGCUCAUCUCGGGGUUGAUAAGAGACCUUGCGCUAGGCUUGGGUGCGGAACGAAGUUACUCGUUGCAAACAAUGGCUUAAGUUGGCUCCGUUCGGCCACCUAAGCACAACAGUUGUCAUGAAAUCUGCGACAACCUUAAAUGGCAAUUCGAUACAAUGCUUGACGGUGCAGACCUCACCUGUCACUGGGUCCAACGCAAUGCCAGGAUACCUAAUCAACUUUGCCGACAACUAUAUGGACUGGCAGCGGCGCUAAGUUAUUGACGCUAAGUUAUUGACAAUCGGCUAGCUAGAAUGACAAUCAGUAGAUUUGAUUAGAACCGCCUGCGCGAACGAGCGUGCACUGAGUGCAAGACAUGAACUAAAUUCUAUCAUGUGGCAUGUAUGUAUGAUAUAAUUAUAGUUAACUAGCAUGGUGACUGUAACUCACAAGAUACCUAUGGUGG